GCUGCUUUGUCCCUCCUUUCUCACCCCCCGCCCAGCCCCCCGCCCCUCCCGGGAUGGUGCAAGACUGGGACUGAGCCACCGGGGCGGAGGUAUCACUAAGGUGGCCGCGUCUAAGCAGCGCCAUGGACACGCAUCUGCAGACGGGCCCCUAUUGAGUCCGCGGAAGGGGGAGGACCAGCACCUUCACUCGCGAGCUGUCCCAGAGCGCUGACCAUGUCUAUUAUGGACCACAGCCCCACCACCGGAGUGGUCACCGUCAUCGUCAUUCUCAUCGCCAUCGCGGCCCUGGGAGCCCUGAUCCUCGGCUGCUGGUGUUACUUGCGCCUGCAGCGGAUCAGCCAGUCGGAAGACGAAGAGAGCAUCGUGGGGGAUGGAGAAACCAAAGAACCCUUCCUUUUGGUCCAGUAUUCGGCGAAAGGUCCUUGCGUGGAGAGAAAAGCCAAGCUGACCCCCAAUGGCACGGAGGUCCACGGCUAAGCCGACGUCGCCUCACGGGGGCUGGAGCUUGCCCACGGCCGGCGGAGGACCCGGAGCAGAGCCGUUUGGACUCGGACGUGCCGCUGCUCUUGGAGGAGGAGCGGGAGGAGGCGUCCCGCGAUGGUCUCGCGGGGCUUUGUCGUUGCAUGCACUGAGACCCCCGUCCCGCAGCCACGCUCCUCCGCCCUGGCCGUGGGCUGACCUCCCUGGGGGUGCUGUCCGUUGCGGGCGAUGGACAGACCGGGCCCUGCUGGCGUAAACGGGAAUCAAAGCGUUUUUGUUACUUGAAUGUUUAGCUGAGCCUGUUUUUGAUGGAGCUACUACUGUAAUGUGAACUAGCUAACAAAACUGUGAACUGUACAUAGGCACCAGAAGCACUUGGGUUUUUGUUUUUGUUUUGUUUUUCUUUAAAAUAAUAUAGCACACGGAGCUGCCGGUCCGUCAUAGACGGCUCGGUCCGACCGACGGAGCCCCCGCCGCGGGGGAGGCUCCCGUGGCGGCCACAUCGCCGUCGGCCAGCUAGUUAGGAGUCACAGCUGUAAAUAUGUAAAGAGUCGUUUUUAAGUUCUGUGGGUCACUUUAUAGGAAACGAGGGAUGAUGCGUAGGAGAGUUUGGCCGCUGUCGCGGGUAGCGGUAGGCCAGAAAAGGAGCGGCGCCUCCAUCCUUCGGGAGCAGGACCAGGCCGCUGGGUAGGAACCUCGUUCCCGCUCGCUGUACAGUCAUUGCAAGGAAGCUGCUGUAUCCUCUGGGAGCCAGUGAAGGAUGGGCAGCUGGCCCAGGAGAGUCCGGAAGGUUGCCAGGCUACUUUAGAGCAGCAGAGCAGUUUUUCCUCUGUGUUUUUAACGCAUGUCAAAAGAAUAGAAGCGUCUUUUUUCCCCCUCCGACUGGCGUUCCUUUAGUGCUAGCUUGCUGUAACUGCUAUGAUUUACACGUGAACCUAUAUGAAAUCUACUUAGUCUAAGCGAACCCAAGUGUCCCCGUAGAGACGGCAACAGACUUAUUUCCUGCUAUUUAAUGUGUUUUUUUGAACUGGAAGGGAAUGGCGAAAGAGGCUCGAGGGAGGCCGUUUCUUUUCAGAAACAAAAUUCCUAGUUAACUCUCCAUAGGGAUUGGAUGAUUACCUUCCUCAGCAAAUCAGUAGAGGCGUGCCUGGAAUUCCCUCAUCAGGCUUCAGGAACAUUCUGCAAGCAUGUGGUAAGCUAGAGGCAAGCAAGCAUCUUAGUGGCCAUUCAGAAACCACUUGUGUGUGUGUGGAUCUGCAGUACUUUUGGGGGAAAUGACCCAGUUUAGGAAGGCAGGGUUUCUUCCAUUUUCAGACGAAUGGCUUUCAUCACAAUUUAGCCAGCUUCCCACCUCAAAAAAUCCUCAAGUUUCUGCCCAUUCUCAGAAGUCACUUGUUUGUACACUGGUAUGAAUUUUGCAUUAGAAUAAUAUAGAUUUGACAAGGCACAGUGAGAAUUUGAAUUUAGUGUUCAUUUAAGCAUUCAUGAUAAAAAAAAAAUAUCCGUGCCUAACCUCAUUUUGGAGGAAUCCUUCAAGAUUAGCCGAUGUGAUUUCUACACAAUGAACAACUAUAAAUAAAUAUGGAAGUGAUCCGAGCACACAAUUGUGAUGGGGAAGACCGAGGAUGUAUGUACUAAGUAAAUAAUAUUAAUGUUAAAAAACAA